AUGCGCGUUUCUACCAGCAAUCUUCUAUCACUUGGGGUCGCCUUGUGCUUGCCUCUGCUUGCCAGUGCAGUUGAUAUCGUCUCUUUUGAAAACUGCUACGUUCGAUUUCAAACUCCUAGGUCUGGGCAGACGCCACAAGAUGCUCGUAUUACGACGCUCAAUUGGCCAACCUCUGGUUCAGACGUCGCGCGCACUAUCAAUGACUACUUCAAUUUCAAGGAGAAAAAUGUACAGCUGUUUCUAAAUGGUGGGAUUUCGGCCCUUAACUACGCCAACUAUAUACAAGCCUUAUGCAGAACAUCUCAAGACGGUCUCAAUCUCGACAGCACAAUUAUAUCUGUUUUGCUACCCUCAGGCGUUGCCAAGGUCUCGCAGGUCACGGCACCAGCGGAUGAGCUGGACCCAGGCAAUGAACAGGCUUCAGGAAUUUUUGGCAUUAGGACGAAUCAGCCCCUCUCAGCAUCGGACUGGGCUUAUACUACGGGUGCUCUUAUGAAGCAGUCCAUAGCACAGUGGGAAGUUUUGUGGAACCAAAAUAGACACCCACAAGCUGGUGUUAACCUCAUCCGAGCUGAUGGGUCACCAGUAAUUAUGACUAUGAGUCUCUUUUUGCAGUAA